UUCGGAGCACUGCGCCGACUGCAUUACCCCCACACACUCGCAGGCCAUUAAAAGCCACUGACAAGCAUCCUCCAGUCUAUACACGCACACGCGCAAAGUUGUCAGUUUUGGCCGUUCACGACUAUUCGUCGCAUCAUUACAAGCCAGAAUUCGAUCUGGACUCCUUCAGCAGACGCCUAUUUGUAUGAACGAGGCAUCGUCGCACGUUGAAAAUUGUAUCGCUGCUGCUGCCCCGAGAGUGUGAGUGAAGCACGAGACGAGAUCACAUGCUCAGCUGGUGUGCUUCGUUCUGCUAGUGUGUCACAUGAUCUUGGCCGUGCCCGAAGCCAAGCUACAUAAACGACGCUCGCGUGAACUCUGACUUGUUCGCUCUAAGCUUCGAUACACACGGUAGUGCGCAUUUACGUGCAUUCGUCGAUUCUCCAGUGAAGAAAACACACGCAGCACCACAUCGCAAAUCAUGUCUCUGCACUCAGCUGGCAAGGGAAAACUCCUGGCCGUGAUCGGCGACGAGGACACCUGCGUGGGCUUCCUCCUCGGUGGCGUGGGCGAGAUCAAUAAACAUCGCCACUCGAACUUCAUGGUGGUCGACAAGAACACGGCCGUCGGCGAGAUCGAGGAGACGUUCAAGCGCUUCAUCAAGCGCGACGACAUCGACAUCAUAUUGAUCAAUCAAAACAUCGCCGAGAUGAUUCGUCACGUGAUCGACAGCCACACUCAGCCCAUUCCAUCUGUGCUGGAGAUACCGAGCAAGGAUCAUCCCUACGACGCGUCCAAGGACUCGAUUCUGCGUCGCGCCAAGGGUAUGUUCAAUCCCGAGGAUAUUCAUUAGAGCUUGUUUACAAGAAAAACUCGGAUCGCCACGAGGUUGGCUAUUCCUCAUAUUAUUCAUAUGAAAAUAAUCUGUAAAUUGUUUACUUUAAGUGUUUAUUCAAAAUAUAUUGUUGUAUUAUUAUUGCACAGUAUUGUUGAGAUGUAUGUGUGAUCAACAUUCUUGUAAAUAAAAAUUUAAUGUAAUAAAGUGACACAUACUUAUUACUUAUCA